AUGAGCCGGAAUGGAGCUGAUGCGAGGGCUAUAACGAGUGACGAUCUUUGUCGGGAUGAAGUGUCCGAUGCCAUCCACGAUAUCGUUCGUCGCGCGCAAAACUCCCACGAUGGAUCCACCAAUGCCCUCUUCGUCGCAUAUGAUGAAUACAUCAAAGACUAUCAUCCAUCGCCUAGCGACGCCGCCUUAUACUACAGUUUCUUGUUGCGUAUGCGGGAACAUGAACGAGAAGGCGAGGACUUGAUGUCGCGGCUUUUUCGCGUGGUGAAAGAGGUUUUUGGUCUCCACGCAGAACUUGACGACGAAGAGGGUAUCAAUGUCCCGAACAAUCUUGACGCGACGCGUAGAGGAGCACAGGCAAGCUUGGGACGAUAUUCGAGGACUGGAAGCUUUGACUCCUUCCUUGAUGGGACGGCAGACAAAGUCGCAGGUACUGUCUAUGGUGACUUGGCUGUGCGCCCGAGGAGAUCAUCGCAGCGGGAUGCUCCGAAUGGCUAUGGCGACAAGGGGAGCCACCGUCGCGCGACAUCAGACACCGAAGCGCAUUCGUACCGGCCAGCACAACUCCCUGCUCGUAAUAGAGUGAAUGGCAUCGCGCCUCGCCGCACAAGUUCUGGACCCCAACCGCCAGUUCAUAAGCGCAGCGCUUCUGUCUCAAGCCGUGGCAGUCUACGAAUUCGAAGAGGUGGACCUACCGAGACAUACAGAACUGGCACUCACGAUGCAGAUGAGAGCGAAUUCACCGACCGCACAGCUAGCCUCGACCUCUCCUCCAUCCAAAUACCAGGAGUGAACGCGCCGAUCCCUAACGAUCCGUACGACUCCCCGCACCAGCGCCGCCUGCGACAAUCACAACAACCCCAACAGCAGCAAUAUGUUCCCGAACCGUUUCGACUGUCAGAUACCCGAUUGAUGGACGACGCGGAAACCUUCGAACACCAACGUCUACACAGAGUGACGAGGGAAUGUAUACGAAUAUGGCGUAAUCGCACCCAAGGGCGCAUGAACCUGCGUGACGAUAUGGAGAGAGCAGCCAUCGCCUUCGAUCGCCGCGUCCUGCUCAGAGCCUCCCUCCUGCAGCUACGGGACACGGCGCUUGUGAGGCGCUCUGGUCGAGAGACAAAUCACUUCUUUGAUCGGCUAGAAACUCGUGCAGACAAGGCUCGCAGUCUCUUCCUGCUCACCAAAGCCUUUACACACUGGGCAAAGUGUGCUGAAGAUGAAGUUCAGCGUACGUCAGUCGCGCGACGGCACAUUCUACGCACACGGUUCUUCAACGGCUGGCGCGAUAUCACAGCGGUCAACGAGCUCAAGAUCCAGCACUUUGCUCUUGCGAAGUUCCUCUCUAUAUGGCGAACACGUGCAGUAGAGGUGCGGGAUAGGGAUCAGUUUGCCGAGUCCUAUUACGAAGAGAAAAUCGUCAGGAAGUCGUGGAAUGCCUUGAAUAACGAGUACCUCAACAGGGGCGCGACGAACUGGCAUGACACAAAAACAGCGAGAACAACACUGCAGAAAUGGCGUGAAAUUACUGAGAUCAUGAGGGAGCGGAAUAUUUGGGCGACCGAUCGACGAGAUGGGAUGCUCCUACGGAGAACGUUCCAGACGUGGCAGCAGAAGACAGUGGCAGAAAAGGCUCUGCAAUCGCAGGCCGACCAAUUUCGCCAUGUAUCUCUCCUUGGAACGAUAUUCAGGACACUCCAGAAACAGGCGCAGCUUGAGCCACUAUUGCGCCAGGUCCAAGCACGUGUUAAUGGCCGCUUGCUUCGUGCAAGGUUCCAGGACUGGCGUAAAGACGCUCAGCUAUCACGUCAAGCACGCGACAUUGACCGUAUGCGCGUCUUGCGCAACGCUUACACCGCCUGGAACGAUAGACUGCGCAUCAAAGCUCUGGAAGAUCGUAUCAACGACCGCAUCAUUGUUGAGUGCUUGUACAAGUGGACGUUGGCCUCCCGGGUAUCCCUCUUCCAACGUGUUCACAACCGACAGCUCAAAGAGUCGACAUUCUUAUCCUGGGUCACCAAGACUAAUCAGCGCGCCAAUACCCUUGAUGCUGCAGAAAUUCGGUUCGCCCAGUUCAAGCGUGCUCAGCUGAUGCGGACAUGCUUGCGUAAAAUAGAAACUAUUACUACGGAGAGGCGGCGAGAGCAGUUCGCUAUCGUAGCAGAGUAUCAGCAAAAGCUCAAACAGCGCAUAUUCGAUAAGCUCAAAGAGAGGCAAGCGUACUUCCAAGAGUUGAAUCAAUGGUCAGCGGAUGCGCGCUUCUACGUUCUUAGCAAGCAUACACUGAAGACAUGGAGCCAAGCCACCCAACAUGCACGUCGCAACCGCAGACGCGACACAUAUUCGCAAGUCCGUAGAACGGUCAAGACAAACCUUGUGCGAAGGGUGUUUGAGCACUGGCGGGACAAGGCAAAUCACAUUGCAGUGCUGACGCAAAGAGCAAAUGACAUGCUCGAAAGUCGCACUUUCCAAACCAGUGGCGCGAUCAUGCAUCAAUGGCACGACAACACGCUCAUUCUUCGCCAACAGAAUACUCAAGCUGUGAGCCUCCAUGCCUUCAAACUUUCCGCUCGUUACUUCGCCAUUUGGUCUCAACGCUUGGAUCUGAUACACACACUCGAAGGUCAAGCUGUCGCCCUGCGGCAGGAAAGCACGGAAAUUGCAGCUACUGGUGCUCUCAAGAAGAUGGGGUGGCGUCUUUGGAACUUCCAAAGGCAAGAAGACAACGCGAGAGCGUUGUUUGAGAGGAACUUCGAGAAGCACGUUAGAGCCAUGGUUCGUUUCUGGGCAGAGCGUGCUACGGAACGACUUGGUCACCGGCCCGUGAGUCCAACGCCUACGAGUAGGUCAAGAGGACGAAGACAGGAUGAUCGCAAUGACAACGAUGGUCAUGGCAACGAUGGAGACUUCGAUGAUCGCGAUGACGACACCAAUGAUGCCGGGCAUGUAGGUCUUCAGCCAUCAGGCGACGAAACACAACUACUAGAGCCAUGGACAGCCUUCGACGAGAGCGCUCUAGGUCUGAACAACGAUCUCGACCUUUCUCUCUCCCUCACACCAGAACAACCACCACGACAUCCAACCCUCACCCCCAACCCCUACGCCCCUGCUCCCUCGCCUGCAUCAACCCGCCCGCCAGGCUCUAUCCUCCGCCGACCAAAUACCUAUCCACAACCACAAUCCGCCAUUCGACCUCCCCCGGCUACCAUAGUAGAAGACGACGAGUCUGACCUCGACUUCGGCGAAGGUGCACAAUCGACCUUCUGGUCCGGAACGCCCAUGCCGCCGCCUCCAAGCAGUAAACCAGGUUACCUCAAAACACCCAGUAAACGCAGUGUCGUUCGCGCCAAGCGUCCUGAACUCCCCGCUAGCCCAGAGAAACAACGUGUCCUCUCUCCUAAGCAUAAGCAUACCGUUGCACAAAAUCCCGACACAAUCUUUGACUGGACCGAAGUCUAUCCUGGCGCUGGCGCUACGAUGAAGGGCUUCGACGCCAACGAUGCUGUCAUGUUUAAGACUAUAGAUGAGUUGAUUCUCCAUGUCGAUGACCUCUUUACGCCUUUUGGUGGUGGUGGUGGUGUCGGUAGUCACUGGCAUCAGCGUAAUUUUGCGCAGGAAUAUGGUGUCAACGAUCUACUGUACAAAAUCAAAGAGCAGACGGGUCGUCUCGAGGAGGAGCUCAAUGCGCAGUUCCGCAACAUCGUGGACCAGCUUUCGAAUUUGUCGACUACCUACGACAAGUACAGCGAUCCCAAGGCGGAAUCAACUCAGGAAAUGCUCCACGAUUUGCUGCGUGAGGCUCGUUUCGAAGUACCGAAGGGAUCGAAGACGCCGUCUAUUGAAAUUGAUCCAAUGUACAGGAAGAUCACCAGAAUUGUACUUCAAAUGUUGGCUUUGGACGCUAGACAUGUGCGGAAGAACAUAGAAGAAUGGAAAAAGCACCCAGACUUCCGCAGUGAAAUGCUUGAGGAUGGUGUGGUUGUUCCUGAAACCGAGGAGGAGCUGGACGCGAUGAUCGCCCAGUCUGUUGAUGAGAAUCUUAGGUGGCUGGAGUCGUUGCACAAGUUCCGACACAUGGCUGAUAUGAUUGAAGAUGGACUAGUUUACUUUUAUUCGGCCAUGAAGAAGCAUAACGACCUGGAGCAGCUGCACAAUCUACGAGAUACGGCUGAAGAUGGAUUAGAACGCAUGUAUCGGGUCAUGAAGAAGAAGACCGAUCAGGUCAAAAAGGACUGGGAGAACAACCAGAAGAAGACCAAUUGCAAGAACGAUAAUAAGAACGAGAACAAGAAGUUGUAUUUCCCAAGUAGUUCUUGA